AUGAAAGAGAAGCAAUGGGAGGUUUUGUCGUUUUCCGAGGCAAUAGAGGUUAUGGUGAUUACGGAGGUUGGAGAGGGUAUGGCUAUGGUUCUGGUUAUGGAGGCGGCGGAUACGGAGGCUUUUAUGGGCGCCGAAUUGGGGGCUGGGGUUGGGGUCAUUACUAAACAAACUCAAGCUAAUACAUCAAUUAUACCUGAUUAUCACUGUCCAUGGGACGAGGUUAAACGUACCGGGUGCAAAGGUCCCAAAGACUGUAUGUACCCGAACACCACAAACUGUAACCAUUUCGUGAAGUGUACGGACGAGUGUGUGGCCUAUGACUGGUCCUGUCCGGGAGGCCUACAGUGGAACGACUACAUAAAACUUUGCGAUAAUCCCUCAUCUUUAACAUUUUAUUAA